CUCUACUACGUACUCAGUGUUCGUCAAUGGAUUAUACCGCCUUUCUGUUUAUAGCUCGUUGCAUUGCUUGAUACUUGUCACAAUGAAAUUGAACGUAUCAUAUCCUGCAACAGGAUGUCAGAAACUGUUUGAAAUCUCCGAUGAGCAUAAGCUGAGAAUUUUUUAUGAAAAGCGUAUGGGCGCAGAAGUAGAAGCUGAUGCUCUUGGUAACGAAUGGAAAGGAUAUGUCGUUCGUAUCUCGGGUGGCAAUGAUAAACAAGGAUUUCCUAUGAAACAGGGUGUUCUGACUAAUGGACGCGUACGUUUACUGCUCUCAAAAGGACAUUCAUGCUAUAGACCUAGACGUGAUGGUGAGCGUAAACGUAAAUCUGUCCGUGGAUGCAUUGUAGAUUCCAAUCUUUCAGUACUCGCUCUCGUCAUUGUCAAAAAAGGAGAAAAGGAUAUCCCAGAUUUGACUGACAAAGAAGUCCCACGCCGUUUAGGACCCAAGAGGGCGAGCAAAAUUCGCAAGCUAUUUAAUUUGUCCAAGGAAGAUGAUGUCCGUCGAUUCGUUGUGAAACGACCAAUUCAAAAAGAGGGCAAACCACAGCGGUCAAAAGCCCCUAAAAUUCAACGUCUUAUUACCCCACUUACACUCCAGAGAAAGAGGCAUAGACUGGCUCUAAAGAAGAGGCGUUGCUUGGCUCGCAAGCAACAAGCAGCAGAGUAUGCGAAGCUGUUAGCACAACGGCAGAAGGAAGCUAAGAAUAGGCGUCAAGAAGAACUAAAACGAAGACGUAGCGCUUCUAUGCGAGAUUCCAAAUCAUCCAAUCAGUCUGCACCUACCACUCAAAAGUAAAAGACUGUAAUGUAUGGUCUAAUACAAUAUGAAACUAAUAAAUUGUGUAUAAAUAUGUUGUAAUACUUUGUUGACCUUAUUUAUAUGUUCCAUAUUUGUGAUAUUCAUUUAUUCACUAUUAUACUCAUUUAAACUUAUACAGCAUAUACGUAAGGUAGAGGCUUAUCAUUUUAAUUAAUUAAUAAUUUUGAAAGAUUCUGAGAUGAUUUAGGCCAAGUUAUAGUGUUUAGCAACAUUAACGGUAGUUUUAAUAUUAUUUUUAGUUUAAGACGAAUAUCGAAUUUAAUUUUUUAACAUUGUACUAAAGUUUAGUUCUCGCAGAUUCUAAAUUUAUUAAAUUCGGUAGAAUUUUUUAUUCCAUGUUUACAGCAAAAUAAUCUUUUGUCUGAUACUUUUUGUUUUAAUUUCACAUACAUUUUUUGAUAUAAAGACAUCACAAUAUAUUCCAUAUCCUAUUUGAUUUUCUGUAAUGAACCUAACUCUUUAAUUUCGAAUAAUAUAUACAGAGAUACAUAUGUAGAUUGUAGAUAAAGUUUGUAUAAUCUGUA